AUGUUACUGCUGAAACUUGGAAGAAUGGAAAUCUUAGACCAAAACACUAUGUAUGGAUGGUAUGAACUGCCUAAACAAGAAUUCUUGAACAGCGAGCAACCAGAGCUAUUACCCACUACAUAA